AAGUUUUAUUUUUUUAAUCUUAACUAAUUUUUAACCAUUUUCUAACCAGAUUUACUAAUCAAACCAUUGAUUCAAACAAUCGCUUCAUAUGAUCACAACAUAUGACACAAGAGAUGACACCAACGAAGACAUCACUCGUCACCACAGAUGACACCGAAGACGAAGACAUACAACAGCGACAGAUUUAUGCGAAGAACUCUUUCGAUCGUUUCGGUGAUGACUUGUGUGGAGUCAUACUGUCGUACCUCUCACUCCACGAGCGCUUUGUCUGCGAAUGUGUGUCCAAACAAUUCCAGAGGACUGUCUUCGAGAGCGUUGUCGACAUAACUAUUCACGACCUGACCCUUCUGUUUGGGAAGAUAUCGCGGACUAACAUCAAUGACAGUAAAAUGUUGGCCACAAUCGGCCGCAAGUGUUCACACAUUCACACCAUUGACUGCCGAAGAUUAAGCGACACAUAUACGAAACAAUUGCCGGAAGUGUUGCCCAUCUUUCGAGACAAUUGUUCGCAUUUACGGCACAUUUACUGCGAUUUAUAUGAAAAUACGGAUCAAUUGAUGCCAGAGUUCGGACCACUGGUCACAAGAAUUGGUUGCAUUAGUAAUCUGAUCGAUAAUCAACGGCUCUCUCAUUGCCACCGAUUGUCUCGACUCCGGGUUAACUACAUUUCCCAAGUCUUUGACGACACGACAGGAGAACUGUUGGCCAAGAAUUUACAGAGAUUUGAAUUUUCUUACGAUAGUUUGGAUAGUAAACACCUGUUGUCCGCAUUCGUAGCACAGAAUCAGUCCCUAAGAAGUGUUAAACUCGAUGGUUAUGAAUAUGAAUCUCACGAGAGUUUGACCGAAUUGGCCGAACAGUUGUCACGAUUACCACAAUUACGGGAAUUGACACUCGAUUUAAUCCUAAACUACGGCCCGAACUCAUUGGACGUGUUUUUGCGGGCAAUCGGCCAGAAGUGCCCGCAAUUGAAACGAUUGGGACUAAAGUUGAAGGCGAAGAAUACUUUUCGACUUUAUAAUCACUCAAUAGAUUCGUUGGGAUGUUAUCGCAGAUUAAAACGUUUGGAUUUAACCAUCACUUCAGCCAUUUUUGCUGCAUUUCUGGAUCCGUUAAAACUCUGCCACCGAUUAACACAUUUAUCACUCAAUUCGGGUCACAUUAAUGACAAUUUGUUUGUCAAUUGCGACAAACAUUGGCCACGACUUCAAUGCUUAUCCAUUCAUAGAACUGAUGUCACAAGCAAUGGUUUGGAUCACAUCUCAAGACUACCAGCGCUGCAGACACUUGUGUCUGACUGUUCCCUACUAUUCAGUGGUUUUGUGGUAAAUCGUAUACAUAUUGACAAUCAUUUAAUAGAUAAUGUCUGCGAAGACCUGUUGGCCAGAAGUGCUAAACUGAAGUGCAUUGAAAUCCGUAGAUACGAUGACUCAAUGUUUUAUUGCCACAAGACUGGCAGCGGAUCCCAAAACACAGCCAAAGAGUCAAAGACAUUCAUCGGUGACGACAACGACGAGAGGUUUCCCGAAAUGAAACACUUUCUGAACGAAUCCAAGAGUGAUGUCGUGUUUCUGGUCGACGGCCAAAGAGUGCCGGCAAUCAAAGCUGUCCUUCGGCUCAAGAGUGAUGUCUUUGACGCCAUGUUUUCGGGACAAUACAGAGAGUCGACGGCCAAAGAGAUCACAAUUACGGACACGACUGCCGACGCAUUCAAAACAAUGAUACGAUUCAUGUAUACAUCGGAUCUGGUCUUAAGUGAUGGCAAAGACUUGAAACUCAUCGACGAUGUCCUCCACUGCGCCGACUAUUACCGAGUCAUGCGUUUAGUGAACGCAAUCGGCAAACACUUGGAAACAAUGGUAAGCGUCGAGACAAUGGACACAAUCGCCGAAAUGGCCGACAAGUAUCGUAUCCGUGGUCUGAACGAAGCGAUGGGCACCCGAUUGGCCGCACUGUUGACCGUCGAGAACGUGCUAUCAGUGGCCAGAGUUGGUUACAAACGCGGACCGCCGGCCGACCACUUCGUGACCGAAUUGAAGGCAUUUCUUGACAAGAAUUUUGCGGCCAUUUUUGCCAAAGAGUCGGAAGAAUUGUUGGCUUUGAAUGAAAUGACAGACAACUUAUGGCUUCGAGUGAUACACGACGUGGAGAGAGGUCUGUCGGCAACACAUCGGAUGACAAUCACCACAACCGGUCGCUUCCCGUACCCGAUAUCCGGUUCUAUGCGCUCGACGGCCUCCACAGCCUCUACGGAGUCUACAGACAGUGGAUCGUCAAUAGACUUCACUAUAGGUCUACCAUCAAAGACAUCCAUCGGUGACACCGAAGACGAGAGGUUUCCCGAAAUGAAACACUUUAUGAAUGAAUCCAAAAGUGAUGUCGUGUUUCUGGUCGACGGCCAGAGAGUGCCGGCAAUCAAAGCAGUCCUACGGCUCAAGAGUGAUGUCUUUGACGCCAUGUUUUCGGGACAAUACUUGGAGUCGACGGCCAAAGAGAUCACAAUUAAGGACACGACUGCCGACGCCUUCAAAACAAUGAUACGAUUCAUGUAUACAUCGGAUCUGGUCUUAAGCGACGCCAAAGACUUGAAACUCAUCGACGAUGUCCUCCACUGCGCCGACUAUUACCGAGUCAUGCGUUUAGUGAACGCAAUCGGCAAACACUUGGAAUCGAUGGUAAGCGUCGAGACAAUGGACACAAUCGCCGAAAUGGCCGACAAGUAUCGGAUCCGCGGUCUGAGCGAAGCGAUGGGCACCCGAUUGGCCGCAAUGUUGACCGUUGAUAACGUGUUGUCUGUGGUCAGAGUCGGGUACAAACGCCGGCCGCCGACCGACGACUUCGUGACCGCAUUGAAGACAAUUCUUGACAGGAAUUUUGAUUCAAUGGCCGCCAAAGCGUCGGAAGAAUUGCUGGCAUUGAAUGAAAUGACAGACAACUUAUGGCUUCGAGUGAUACACGACGUGAAGAGAGGUCUGUCGCCAACACAUCGGAUGACAAUCAACUUAACCGUUCGCUUCGCCCGCUCGCUAUCUACAGCCUCUACGGCCAGUACAUCGACUUUAGACGCCUAUACGGGUCUACCAAGAAGUCAAAACACUGGCCAAUCGGGGAGUCAUUAG